AUAGCCAAACGAAAGGAAAAAAACACGCUCACUUCAACGUCGAACGUUGAAUGUGCUGCACGACUGGCUCGAGUCAUUUCUCCCCCGUCUUGUCUUUGACCAACCAGCGUUACUCGUCAAGACAACAUUCCUAGUGAAAUUGUGUGUCGAACAAAAUCCAGCUGUCAUUCAAUCCCAACGUGACUGCAUAGCGACAAAUUAGUAAAUACAAUCAGGGUGUGUAUGUGUAUAUGUGUGUGUGUAUCAGCUGAUCGUCCGAUUGCGUUCCUCGGCCAAGCAGCGUCCUGUUCACCGAUUACUCAACGGAAAUACUUCACUCUCUCAAGCCAUGGACCCGACAUCAUCCGAGUUCAAGCAAGAACUGCGUCAGCGGCUAACUCCGCUCCAGUGGUCAGUCACGCAGGAGAAGGGCACGGAAAGGGCUUUUACCAACAAGUACUACAAGCUUCGGGAAAACGGCAUCUACGAGUGCAUUUCAUGCGGCCGCGAUCUCUUCAAUUCGAAGACGAAAUACGAUUCUGGUUCCGGUUGGCCGGCUUUCUAUGACGUCGUCGAUCCUAAAGGAGUCAAACUAACAAAAGAUGCCUCUCAUGUUGGCGCCAAUCUACUUCUUCUAAUCGCCAAUCCAGGUCUGGUGAGAACCGAAGUGAGCUGCUCCAACUGCCGAGCUCAUCUUGGACACUUGUUCACCGACGGCCCACAGCCAACCGGAUUACGAUAUUGCAUCAACUCCUCGUCGUUAAAUUUCCGCCCGGCGGCCGAGGCUGAGGGGGAAGGUCAGCAGACGGGAGACAAGUCGUUCAGCUCUAACUUCAGUUUUCCUGCCACUCAGGGUGGAUGCGGUCCGCUUCGAUGCGGAGACGCAAACAUCUCCUGCGCUAAGAAAGUGAACGGCACAGUUUGAUUUCUGCAGAGUAUGUUCAAAACAAUUGAAGCGAAAAAAUGUUACGAAAAGGAUGUGCUGCCUAUCUUUUGUAUUAUUUAAUGGUGGAUAGCUGUGUCCUUAAAAUGUACGAAAGAAAUACACAGCUACCAGU